CGCGGCGCCGCUGGAAAAUCCCGACCGGGAGCGGCGGGGGGGGGCGGGGGCGGGAUGCGGCUGCUCGGGGCCGCGCCGGCUCCUCGCCCAGCUCCGCAACGCCGCCGCCGCCGCCGGGGAUGAGGCGCUGGAGGAGGUGAAGAUGUCCGGCUCCAUCGCCUCGUACGACCAGCUGGUGCGGCAGGUGGAGGCGCUGAAGAAGGAGAACAGCCACCUCCGGCGGGAGCUGGAGGACAACUCCAACCACCUCUCCAAGCUGGAGAAUGAGACCUCGGACAUGAAGGAGGUCCUGAAGCACCUCCAGGGCAAGCUGGAGCAGGAGGCGCGGGUCAUGGUGUCCUCGGGGCAGACGGAGGUCCUGGACCAGCUGAAAGCCCUGCAGAUGGACAUCACCAGCCUCUACAACCUCAAGUUCGCCCCAGAGGCGGCCGGAGUAGGGCGCAGCGCCGAGGACAGCCCACCACCACCCGCACCGCACCGGGACGGUGCCGGGGACCUGGGCAGAGCCACCCUCCGGCUGCUGGAGGAGCUCGACCGGGAGAGGUGCUUUUUGCUGGGCGAGAUCGAGAAGGAGGAGAAGGAGAAGGUGUGGUACUAUGCCCAGCUGCAGAGCCUGGCCACACGCCUGGACGAGCUGCCCCACGUGGAGACGUUUUCCAUGCAGAUGGAUCUCAUCCGGCAGCAGCUGGAGUUCGAAGCCCAGCACAUUCGCUCGCUGAUGGAGGAGCGCUUCGGGACGGCAGACGAGAUGGUGCAGCGAGCGCAGAUCCGGGCAUCCCGGCUGGAGCAGAUCGACAAAGAGCUGAUGGAGGCGCAGGACAAGGUGCAGCAGCCGGAGCCGCAGCUCUGCGGGAAGGUGCCAGGCAUGGAGGGGGACGGCAGCCUGGACCCCCCGACCCACCCCGAGGAGGGGGGCAACAGCCUGGGCAGCAGCAAGGUGGAGGUGGUCUUCUGGCUCCUGUCCAUGCUGGCCACGCGGGACAAGGACGACAUGUCCCGCACGCUGCUGGCCAUGUCCAGCUCGCAGGAGAGCUGCCUGGCCAUGCGCAAGUCGGGCUGCCUGCCCUUGCUCAUCCAAAUCCUGCACGACUCGGACGGCGAGCCGGGGCCCCCCGAGAGCCCCGCCAGCGCCAAGGACGCCCGCAUGCGUGCCAACGCCGCCCUCCACAACAUCGUCUUCUCCCAGCCCGACGAGGGUCAGGCCAAAAAGGAGAUGCGGGUGCUGCACGUGCUGGAGCAGAUCCGCUCCUACUCGGAGACCUGCUGGGACUGGCUGCAGAUGCAGAGCAGGGACGGGGGCAGAGGCCCCGAGGGCGGCACGGCGCCGGUGCCCAUCGAGCCCCAGAUCUGCCAGGCCACCUGCGCCAUCAUGAAGCUCUCCUUCGACGAGGAGUACCGGCGGGCCAUGAACGAGCUGGGCGGGCUGCAGGCGGUGGCCGAGCUGCUGCAGGUGGACUACGAGAUGCACAAGAUGACGAGCGACCCCCUCAACCUGGCUCUGCGGCGCUACGCGGGGAUGGCCCUCACCAACCUCACCUUCGGCGACGUGGUCAACAAGGCGACGCUGUGCUCCCGCCGCGGCUGUAUGGAAGCCAUCGUGGCUCAGCUGGGCUCUGACAGCGAGGAGCUGCACCAGGUGGUCUCCAGCAUCCUGAGGAACCUCUCCUGGCGGGCCGACAUCAACAGCAAGAAGGUGCUGCGGGAGGUGGGCAGCGUGACCGGGCUGACGCGGUGCGCGCUGCACGCCGGCAAGGAGUCCACGCUGAAGAGCGUCCUGAGCGCGCUGUGGAACCUGUCGGCGCACAGCACGGAGAACAAAGCCGCCAUCUGCGGGGUAGAGGGAGCCCUGGGGUUCCUGGUGAGCACCCUCACCUACAAGUGCCAGAGCAACUCGUUGGCCAUCAUUGAGAGCGGUGGCGGCAUCCUCAGGAACGUCUCCAGCCUCGUCGCCACGCGGGAGGACUACAGGCAGGUGCUCCGCGACCACAACUGCCUGCAGACGCUGCUGCAGCACCUGCGCUCGCACAGCCUCACCAUCGUCAGCAACGCCUGCGGCACCCUCUGGAACCUGUCUGCCCGCAGCCCCCGCGACCAGGAGCUGCUCUGGGACCUGGGGGCGGUCAGCAUGCUGCGCAACCUCAUCCACUCCAAGCACAAGAUGAUCGCCAUGGGCAGCGCGGCUGCUCUCCGCAACCUCCUCACCAACCGGCCCCCCAAGUACAAGGACACCGCCGUCGUCUCGCCGGGCUCCUGCAUGCCCUCGCUCUACAUGCGCAAGCAGAAGGCGCUGGAGGCCGAGCUGGAUGCCAAGCACCUGGCCGAGACCUUCGACACCAUGGAGAAGCAGAGCCUGAAAAGCCAGAGCGUAAAGAAGCCGACGCGGCACAUGGAGAGCCUGGUGAAGGACUACGCUUCCGACUCCGGCUGCUUCGAUGAUGACGAGGUGCCCAACGUCUCCACCGGUGUGGAGACGGCCAGCGCCUCUGUCCUGUCCAUGUUCCUCAACUCCUCCUUCCUCCAGGGACAGGCGCUGCCCCGGGCGCUGGCACAGAGACGAUGCCCGGAGCCGGAGAAGGACGGCAGCGGCAAGCCGGCCGAGCCCAAGAAGCUGCCGCUGCCGGAAGAUGAUGUCUCGCUGGCCGCCGAGAAGUUGGCCAACAAGAUCUCUAGCACGGUGGCCAAGAUUGACAAGUUGGUGGAGGACAUCUCUACCAUGCACACAUCCUCAGAUGACAGCUUCAGCCUCAGCUCGGAGGACCACUGCCUGGACUGGCAGUACGGCCCCGAGGAGGUGCACGAGGCGCGCGCCCAGUCCUGCUCGCCGUGCCGCCUCUCGGAUGCCGGUGGCUUUGCCAAGCGGGAGAGCCUGAGCCGGGCGCACACGCUGCUGCGGCUGAAGACCGCCUACACCAGCCUGUCCAACGACAGCCUCAACAGCGGCAGCACCAGCGACGGUUACUGCACCAAGGAGCACAUGAAGCCCUGCACCAGAGCCGCCUUCCUCGACUACCGGGAUGAGCUGCAGCGGUACCAGAAGCGGCCGAGCCGGCUCGACCUCAAGAGCAUCCUGGGCAGCAAGCUGGAGCGGGUCGAACCCCCCGUGCUCAAGGGCAAAGACCCAGCCGAACCAGACAAGCCGGAGCAGCGAGACCUGCCUGAACGGGCCAAGAAGACGGUGACUUUCCCCAGCCCCAAAGUGCUGGAGAAGGAGCCCGAGUGGAAGAAGGAGGCGGGCAGCAAGCUCUCCCCCGACCCCCAGGUCCGCACCAUCAAACUCUCCCCGUCCUACCAGCACGUCCCCCUGCUCGAGACCCUGGCCAAGAGCAACGCGGCCACCGGCGCCGGCCACCACCCCUCCCUCCUGGGCAGAAAGCAAGCCUGGCUCCCCCCCACGCUGCUGCAGACGGCCGAGACCUUGAGCAAGAUCCCAGAGAAGCUGCCCGCCCACCCGCCGGCUAUGGCGGAGCAGGAGUCGGUGCAGAAGUACUCGGUGGAGGAUACCCCAAUCUGCUUCUCCCGGUGCAGCUCCCUCUCCUCCCUCUCCUCGGCAGACAACGUGCUGGACGGGCAGAGCCACAGUGAGAACGACCUGGACAGUGACUCCUCCCUGGAGAUCCUGGAGAUGGAGGAAGGCGAUGGGGAAGGUGAGGAUGGGAGGCAGGAGAAGGAGAAGGCAGCAGAUCCAGGUCCGGCCACGCUGGUGGGGAUCUCCCAGCCCAUCACCAUCCCCUUCCCGAAGCGCGACAAGGUCUUCCUGCGGGAGUCGUCGCCAUCACGCCAGGAGGACCUCACGCCCUCGAGCUCCUCGGAGAACUACAUCCAGGAGACGCCACUGGUGAUGAGCCGCUGCAGCUCCGUCAGCUCCCUGGGCAGCUUCGAGAGCCCCUCCAUCGCCAGCUCCAUCCAGAGCGACCCUUGCAGUGAGAUGAUCAGCGGCACCAUCAGUCCCAGCGAGCUGCCCGACAGCCCUGGGCAGACCAUGCCGCCCAGCCGCAGCAAGACACCCCUCUUCGAGCUGGGCUGCCAGCCGGAGAAGGAGACCAGCCAGUUCAACAUCCAAUGGGAAAACAACGUCAAGAAGUUCAUGGAGAUCACCGACUUCAAGGAGCGCUUCCAGCUGCCCCAGGACCUGGACUCCAUGGUCUACUUCACGGUGGAGAAACCCAACGAGAACUUCUCCUGCGCCUCCAGCCUGAGCGCCCUGCCCCUCCACGAGCACUAUGUCCAGAAGGACGUGGAGCUCAAGCUGAUGCCCACCUUCCCAGAGAAGAACAGCCUGAAUUUCGUGGCUCACGAGAAGCGGGAGGAGCGGCGGGAGGAGCGGUACCUGGAGGGCCGGCGGCGGGCCGACCGCCCCGAGCCCCCCUCCGACGACGACAUCGAGAUCCUGAAGGAGUGCAUCAGCUCCGCCAUGCCCUCCCGAUUCCGCAAGGUGAAGACCUCCCUGCUCUCCGGCCAGGUCCUGCACCCCCAGACAAAGAAACCAGUGCACGUCCCUGUCUACAUGCUGGUGCCAGCUCACGCACACCCCGGUGUCCCCAAGCACCUGCGUGCCACCACCCGUGACCUCUUCAAGGACGACGACUCCUUCACCGACUCGGCCGACGGGACCCCCGUCAACUUCUCCAGCGCCGCCUCGCUGAGCGAUGAGACCCUGCGCUACCCGGCGGCCGAGGAGGCUGAGCACCCUCACGGCCCGGGGAUGGGGUGCCCGGCGGGGGUUCUACCCGAGGGGCACCGCGAGGCGGGCAGCGCCGGCACCAUCCCGGCCAGGAGAGCCACCUCCGGCAGCUCGGCGCCUGCCCGGCUCAGCUCAGCCUGCAAGGGGAAAGCGGGGUUGAGCCGUGGCCAAGGCGGGGAGGGGAAGCGGGGCCAGCCCCCCGCGAAGAGCGGACCCAGCCUGGAGCUGGAGGUGGGGAGGACCGGUGGUCCCCCCGCGAGGAAGGACGCUGCCCGGGAGGACGGGGUGGCCUUCCAGUCACUGUGCCACACCACCCCGACGGAGGAAGCCGUCUACUGCUUCUACGAGCAGGACUCGGACGAGCUGCCCGAGGCGGGCAGGGAGGCGUCCGGCAGCAGAGCCCAGCCCAGCCGGGCGCCCAGGAGGGAGCGCUGGGGCGGCUCCGUCCCCCGGAAUGAACCCGAGCCCGGUCCCCGGCCGGCGAAGGCGAAGCCGCAGAACAACCUCAUCGCCGACGAGACGCCGCCGUGCUACUCCCUCAGCUCCUCCAUGAGCUCCCUGAGCGACGCCAACCUCUCCGACGGCGAGGAGCGGAGCCAGCCCUGUGGCAAAGCCCCCCGGCCGCGGUCGGCCACGGCGGCGGGGCAAGCACAGGGGGGCUCCCCCAGCUCCCCCAGCCUCAACUCGGAGGACGACCUGCUGCAGAAGUGCAUCGGCUCGGCCAUGCCCAAGCGCCGGCGGCCCUCGGCUCGCCGGAGGGUGGCGGAGCGCAAGCAGAAGCCGCCGGGUGCCGGCGGGAGGGAGCGGAAAGCGGAGGCGAGGCAUUGCCCUGCCGAAGACACCGGCUCCGACCGGGGCUCGGACCUGGACAGCGUGGAGUGGCAGGCCAUCCAGGAGGGUGCCAACUCCAUCGUCACCUGGCUGCACCAGGCUGCUGCCUCCCUCUCGCGGGAGCCUUCCUCUGAGUCCGACUCCAUCCUCUCCUUCGUGUCGGGGCUCUCGGUUGGGUCCACCCUGCAGCUCUCCCUGGGCAGGCAGGAGAAGCAGCGAGCCGGCAGCGCGGCUGGCCGGGAUGCGGCGAGGAGGGAGCACAGCAAGAGCCGCCCAGAGAGGAAGGACGCGCCGGGUGCCCGUCCCGCUGGCCGUGGAAGCGCCAGGGCGGAGCGGAGCCCGGCGCCCACCAAACCGGUGCCCAACCUGCCCGUGGUCUUCCGCGGCAGGACCGUCAUCUACAUGCCCAACCUGGCCAAGGAUGGCCCCAGCCCGCGGGCCACCCCGAAGAAAAGCCCUGCGGCGAAGCCCGAGGCGCCGCCGGCCAAGAACCUCUCCCUGAGCCAGCAGCGCUCGCGGAGCCUGCACCGGCUGGGCAAGCCCCCCGAAACCGGGGACCUGGCGCUGCCCAAGAGGAGCACCACGCCGCCCGCCCGCAUCGGCAAGGGACCCCCCUCCUCCGGCUCCUCCCGCACCUCCACCCCCUCCCAGCACGCUCCCAAGAAGCUGCCGUCGCCCUCCCAGCUCGCCAAGCAGGGUAACCCAGCCACGGGCAAGGCGGGCGGCUCGUCCUCCCUGCCGGGACCCCCAGCCAGAGCGCCAGCCCCCAAGUCCCCGGCGCCCAAGCAGUCCAAGACGCAGAAGUCGCCCGUCCGCAUCCCCUUCAUGCAGAAACCCAGCAGGAAGGUGCUGCCGGGCCGGGGGGCCAUGCCGGUGCUGGAGGAGCGGGCGGAUGGCGGCAAGGCACGGGGCAGCGGGCCGGGGGGGGCCGGGGGCAGCCGGCUCAACCUGGUGCGGAUGUCGUCCGCCCGUUCCAGCGGCAGCGACUCGGACCGCUCUGGCUUCCUGCGCCAGCUCACCUUCAUCAAGGAAUCCUCCAGCCUGCUGCUGCGGCACCGCGCCGAGCUCUCCCCGGCACAGCCGGCGGCCUCGCUGCCUCGCCGAGCCUCCCCGCAGCGCAGCCGUGCCGCCCUCCCGGCCGUCUUCCUCUGCUCCUCCCGCUGCGAGGAGCUCAAGGCGGCCAAGCCGGCGGCCCCCAGCCCACGGCCCCUCGUCCCCAGAGCCCAGCCCGGUGGCAAAGUCCCCGCCGGGGUCAAGCCGCCACGGAGGACCAGCUCCGAGAGCCCGUCCCGGCUGCCGGUGAAGACCAGCAUCCCUGCGCCCGAGCCCUUCAAGAGGUACUCGUCCUCACCCAACAUCAGCGUGGCGCGGAGGACGGGCAGCCCUUCCUCCGUCCUCUCUGCCCGCUCCGAGGCUUCGGCACGGCGGCAGCAGACCGAGGCGGUCCCCGGCGGGCAGCCGGCAAAGCCGCCGGUGGUGGUCAUGAAGGGUACCUGGCGGAGGAUUCGGGACGAAGACAUCCCCCACAUCCUCAAGAGCACGCUGCCUUCCUCCGCCCUGCCGCUGGCAAGUGCCGGCGAGGAGGAGCGUCCCGGCACCCCCAGCCCCAGGAAGACCAGCGACGCCGUGGUGCAGACCGAGGACUUCUCCGCCGCCAAGACCAACUCCAGCACCUCUCCCACGCUGGAGACCCGCGAGGGACCUCCGCACCCCCGCGCCGCCUGCGAUGGCGAAGCUCCGGCCGCCGCCAAGACCGCCCUGCCCAUCUCCUUUGGCCACGAGGCAGCCGCCGGGACCUUCCCCGCCAGCCGGCACGGCUCCCCGAGCAGAGCCGCCCGCGUCACCCCCUUCAACUACGUCCCCAGCCCCAUGGCGGUGACGGUGGUGGCGGACAAGGCGGUGGAGAAAAUCCAAGCUUGAGCAGCUGCCGCGGAUGAAGCCUCGGCAAAGGUCCCGCGACACUCCCCUGCCCCACGGGAGCUGGCCAGGGCUGUCCCGGGGAGGGGGGGGGGACGGUGAGGCGGGACCGCUGGGGACCGGCAAGUCACCCCAACCCGCCGCCUGCCCUGGUUGGGGUCUUGCUGUACUGGAGCGUCGCAGUUCUCAGCGCCGAGGACCGGGCAGAGCCGGGGAGACCCACCGGGCGCUGGGGCCAGGGCUGAUGCCCCAGCCUGGGGUGAGUCUCCACGGCCAUCUCCUCCCACUGAUAGACGGUCCCGGGACAAGGCAAGGGGAGGCCGUGUCCCCAUGUGCCCCCAUCCUGCUCGCCUGCCUCGGGCAGAGGCUGAACCAGGGCCUGAUCCUGCACGCCGGGGAGUCGGCACGCCGCGCCCCAACGCCAGGUCUCCGCCGCAUGCUUCAGCUUGUCUCGGCACCAACACCCGGCUCUGCCGGCAACCACAGCUCAUUUAUUAAUGGGGGGGGAAGGGAACGCACGGCUGGAUCAACGCAGGGAGAGGCUUCGUGGGGGGAGAGCAUGUGGCCAUGGGGAGACAGGGGCCAGGACCCCCCAUUUGUGCUGCUGGAGGCUCCUAAUUAAGCUGCGCGGCUGAUUGCUAGUGGGUAACCUGCAGCUGUGGUGCUUGCACUGGUUCAAGGUGGCAUCGGGUGGAAAAGGCACGGGGGGAGCUGGGCAGGGGCUCGCUGGUGGGCGGUCGGGGUCCUGACGGGCUCGUCCCGGGGGGCUGCUCGCAGGGUCACGUCACCGGGCUGGGGAGCUGCCCUGGGAGGGGAUGGGGUGCUGAGCCGGCACCGGGGUGCCCAACCCCUAGGAAAGGGUCUGGGGCCCCUUACCCCCGCCCGCAGCCCCCCAGCCUCCCACCCCUGGGGUGGAAGAGCCCCAUCCCAGCUCACAGCCAGGAUCCCGGCGCAUCCCCGCGGGCCGUGGACACGAGUCCAUCGAGGACUGGAUUACGCCCACGAGCACGGGGGUUUCCAGCCCCAACGUACCGGGGAUGCCCCUGCUCCUGCUGCCAGCCGGCCGAGAUUGGGGUGUGCGAGAAACGCCUCAGCCCCAGGGAGUGGGACGAGCUGCCGUGGGACCCCCCCCCCCAUCCAGGUGCUCCCCAACCACCCCCUAGGUGCUCCCCAACCCCUUGGGUGUCUCCCGGUCCUCCCACCCUAUGGCUCGCUGCCUGCUUUGGAUGGGGUGACCUAUGGGUCCCCCCCCCACAUACCAGUGCCAUGGCGGGGGCUGCAGGGACACGCAUGGGACGAUGGGGACAUGUGCAGGGGACACAGGGGUACACCUGGGGGGGGGGGUGUGUGGGGACAUAGCGAGGGGCUCUGGGGAGUUGCACCGGGGCCGUGGGGAUGCACAGCGGGGCCAUAGAGGUACAUACAGAGGCCAGGGAGACACCAGGGCUGUGGGGACAUGGAUGGGGUCCCCGGGAUGUGCACCAGGGGGGUGUGGGAAUGUGCACACCCCAGUGCCCACUGGAGACCGUGGCUCCAGCAGCGGCUGGGAAGCUUUGGCCAGCACAGUGGGACCCAGUGCCGGGGGCUGAAGAAAAGGGGGCAAAGUCCCCAGGGGCUACACACAUCCCCACUCCCAAGUGCCGUAACCGAUCAUAGGAUGUGCCAGGAGGGCCAGAAUCGCCCCACGCGCUCAGCUGCGGCCCCGGGUUCAAGCCCCACCGCCCAGCCCCGCUCUCGCCCGUCUCUGCUCCAUGCGUGCCCGUGGGCUUCAGCCCUCCUCUGCGGACAAUCCGGCCAGGUUUCGCGGUGCCCUGCUCCCCCCCCCAUCGCUGUAUGUAUGUACUAAGGAUGUUAUUUUACCGGGACUCUGGACAGUAUUAAGAAUUAAAAGCCAACCUGUGUAAA